AUGGUAUCAAUAGAUAGUCAGAUACCUUCUGAUAAAACUAUUGGAGGUGGAGAUGAUACUUUCAACACUUUCGUCAGUGAGACUGGAGCUGGUAAACAUGUUCCAAGAGCCGUGUUUGUUGAUCUGGAACCUACUGAAGUUAGAACUGGUACUUACCUCCAACUUUACCAUCCUGAACAGCUUAUUACAGGCAAAAUAGAUGAUUGUUGGAAAAGAACUGAUAAAUUUGGCAGAACUCGGAAACUGGCAGAUCAAUGUACUGGUCUUCAAGGAUUCCUCGGCUUCUACAGCUUUGGCGGAGGAACUGGAUCUGGUUUCACAUCUUUGUUGAUGGAAAGAUUGAGUGUCGACUAG